ACGCCCACCCGGCCCGGCAAUUGGCCGCGCGCCGCGCGUAAAGUCCGCAAUCAAAAAGGUUUGCUGGGUUUGUGGCGUCGCCGCCGCUUGGAUGUCAACUCCACUUGUGCAUGUACCUUUACAUGUACCUUUACAUGUACCUUUACAUGUACCUUUACAUGUACUUAUACAUGUACUUAUGCAUGUAGUUUGGCGGCAGCAGAAGAUGGACUUUGUCUAGUCCGGAGGAGAAGAAGAAGAAGAAGAAAACUACUACUAAUAGGAAGAAGAAGAAGGAGGAGGAGGAGAAGAGGACUAGGAAGAAGAAUAUUCUAACAAAUAAUAAUAAUAAUAAUAAGAGGAGGAGAUGGAGGUGUAGUUUGUCGGAAGAAGCUCCGAUGAGAGACUCCAUGGCGUCCUUCCAUCACUUCCAGGCUCACCGGCCUGACUUCCACAUGUCUGCCUUCUUGGCGGCCGCUCAGCCUUCCUUCUUCCCGGCUCUGGGGCUCCCCGCCGGGCCGCCGCUGGGCAAGAUGUCGCCCCAGCACCACCAGCACCACCAGCACCACCUUCACGGACAUCAUCACGGCCAUCACGGCCUGGCGGGGCCGACGGACGGCGGCGGACUCCUGGCGGCUGCGGGGGGGCCAGGAGGUCCGGGAGGUCCGGGAGGGGCGACACACCUCCGCGGCGUGAAGAGUCUGCAGGAGGCCGAAGAGGAGCAAGUAGAAGAUGAUCCCAAAGUCACGCUGGAGGCCAAAGAUCUGUGGGAUCAGUUUCAUCAGCUGGGCACCGAGAUGGUCAUCACCAAGUCUGGAAGGAGGAUGUUCCCUCCGUUCAAAGUGCGCAUCAGCGGCCUGGACAAGAAGGCCAAGUACAUCCUGCUGAUGGACAUCGUGGCGGCGGAUGAUUGCCGCUACAAGUUCCACAACUCCCGCUGGAUGGUGGCCGGCAAGGCGGACCCGGAGAUGCCCAAGAGGAUGUACAUCCACCCGGACAGUCCUGCCACCGGCGAACAGUGGAUGGCCAAGGCUGUGGCCUUCCACAAACUCAAACUCACCAACAACAUCUCAGAUAAACACGGAUUUACCAUCUUGAACUCCAUGCACAAAUACCAGCCCAGGUUCCACAUCGUGCGAGCCAACGACAUCCUGAAACUUCCUUACAGCACCUUCAGGACUUACGUCUUCCCAGAAACUGAGUUUGUGGCCGUCACUGCUUAUCAGAACGACAAGAUCACGCAGCUGAAAAUCGACAACAAUCCUUUCGCCAAAGGCUUCCGAGACACUGGCAACGGAAGAAGAGAGAAAAGGAAACAACUGUCUCUGCCAUCACUGAGGAUGUCUGAGGAGUGCAGGGGUGUGGAGGAGGUUGAGGCUGCAGAUUCUGAGGCGUCCAGCGAGCCUUCCAACACCAUCAACUCUCCUCUGGGAACAUCCAACAGUCCUCACAACUUCAACUCCAGCCAUCAUGAAGAGAAGGUGUGCAGCGACAGCGAGCAGGAGAUGGAGGAGCAGCAAGAAGAGGGUUGCACCACCACCACCUGCAACACCUCCACCUGCAACACCUCCACCUGCAACACCACCACCUCCACCUCUUUGAGCGCAGAAGGCGCGCUGACGUCGUCGAGACGCGGGGAGGCGCCGACGUCUUUGAGCAAGAAGGAGGAGAAGUGGCGGAGUGUGGAGAAGGAGAAAGGCGGGAAGGACAGCAUGUCACCUGUGAUGGUGCAGACAGAAAGCCCCUCCCACUUGAGUCACCUGCAGAGUCUGGCGCUGUCAGGUCUCCACCCUCAGCACUUCUUCAGCCCUCUCAACGCCUCCUUCUUCCACCCGGGACACUUCGCCAUCAACCCCGCCGCCUUGUCCGCCAUCAACAUGCAGCACCUGCUGGCCUCCGUGGCGAGCAGCCAGGUGGCGGAGGGCGGGGCCACGCCCACCACCACCUUCCCCUUCCACCUGUCUCAGCACAUGCUGGCCUCUCAGGGCAUCCCCAUGCCUCCACUAGGUGGCAUCUUCCCCUACUCCUACUCCUACAUGGCGGCGGCGGCGGCAGCAGCGGCGGCGGCGAGCAGCAACUCUUCGGGCGCGCUGGGCAGGAACCCCUUCUUGGCCUCCUCCCGUCCUCGUCUUCGCUUCAGUCCUUACCAACUUCCUGUGCCCGUGUCUCUGCCCGCCUCGGAAGCCUCCAAGGCGGGCAGCCCAGAGAGCAGCCCCACGCGGCGCCGCCAUGACGCCUCGCCGCCAAGUCCCGGCAGAGAGUCUGGCAACCAGCUGCACAACAUUCAGAGACUGCUCAGCGGCCUGGACGCUCACACAGAAACUUCCUCACCUGCACACUCCCCCUAGUCCACGCCUCACACUCCCCAUCACCUCAUCACCACCUCACCCUCACCCUCCACCUCAUCAUCAUCACCUCACCCUCGCCAUCACCUCAUCAUCAUGACCUCACCCGCUACCAGCUGAUGAUCACUGACUGGGACGCCAUUUUACAAUGAAGAAGAAGAAGAAGAAACACGCCACUUGCAUCCUCCAGCGGCAACGACUCUUUCACCGCCUCAACAACAACAUCAUCAACAACAACAUAAUCAAUAACAACAUCAUCAUCAUCAUCAUCAAUAACAACAUCAUCAACAUUAUCAUCAUCUACAACAUUAUCAACAAUAACAACAUAAUCAUCAACAACAACAUAAUCAUCAACAAUGACAUCAACAACUAUAUCAUUAACAACAUCAUCAACAACAUCCUCAAGAACAACAACAUUAUCAAUAUUAACAACAUCAUCAUCAUCAACAACACCAUUAUCAUCAUCAACAAUAACAUCAACAACUAUAUCAUUAACAACAUUAUCAACAACAACAUAAUCAUCAACAACAUCAUCAACAUCAACAACAACAUAAUCAUCAACAACAUCAUCAACAUCAACAUUUUCAUCAACAAAAUUAACAUCAUCAUCAACAACAACAUAAUUGAUCAAAUACAUAAACACAAAAAACAUAUUCAACAAUUCAGACAACAUCAUCAACAUCAUCAUCAAUACUAUCAACAACAACAUCAUCAACAUCAACAACAACAUAAUCAUCAACAACAUCAUCAACAUCAACAUUUUCAUCAACAAAAUUAACAUCGUCAUCAACAACAACAUAAUUGAUCAAAUACAUAAACACAAAAAACAUAUUCAACAAUUCCGACAACAACAUCAUCAACAUCAUCAUCAAUACUAUCAACAACAACAUCAUCAACAAACAACAUUAACAACAUCUUGAUCAACAACAACAACAUAAUUGAUCAAAUACAAAAACAACAUCAACAGAAAAAAUAACAUCUUCAACAACACCGUCAACAACAACAUCAUGAACAUCAACAUUAUCAACAUCAUAAACAACAACAUAAUCAACAACAACAUCAUCGACAACAUUAUCAACGACAACAUCAUCAUCACCAACAACAUCUACAUUAUCAACAUAAUCAUCAACAACGACAUUGACAACAUCAUUCAUCAAAUACAAAAAACAUCAACACAAAAAACUACAUCUUUAAAAACAACAUCAACAACAUUAUCAACAUCAUCAUCAACAACAAGAUCAUCAACAACAUCAAAAACAUCAUCACUAUCAACAACAUCAUCAUCAACAAGGACAACAUCAUUAUCAACAACAACAACAACUCAGGUACUUCAGGCCCACAAUGAAGAAAUGGGACGAAAGAGUAAAAGUGUGAUUGUAAAGAUUCCAUCUGAUUCUGAUUCUGAUUCUGAUUCUGAUUCUGAUUCUGAUUCUGAUUGAAAGCCACUCUGGCAAAGUAUAAUUGGAUCGAAUAAUUCUCAUCAACGUUUCCAAAAAGGUUAGAAAAUGUCCUUCUGACAUAAAUCCUCUUUUUAAAAAUAGAUUGUUGUAGAAAAGAAGAAACUUCAAACAUGUUUUAAUUUUUACAUGAUUUUUGAAAUCCUUUGUUCCAGAUUCUGAAUCCAUUUGGAAUCAGGAGGAAUAAGAUUUGGAUGUGAAUGCUUUUAAUCUGAAAAGACCAAAAUAGUCCAAUCACGUAAGACUCCGUUUUAGCUGCUUAGCUUCACCAUUUGGUUAGCGUUCGGGUUUAGUUUUAGGUUUUGUUAGUCUUUGGUUUGGUUUAGUUUUAUGGUUUGUUGAGUUUGAGAGUGAGUUUAGUUUUAGGGCUACUUUAGUUUCAGGGUUUGUCUAGUCUUACAGUUAGUUUAGUUUUAGGCUUGGAUUAGUUGAAAGUUGGUUGGGUUAGUUAGUCCAAGUCCGUCAAACCAAAGUGAGGCCUAGAGUUCAGGUUCUGAUGACUUUUGGGCUCGGAGAAGUUGGAGGAGGACUUUUGUAGGAAGUGAAGACAAAGUUGCAGCAUCCAAAGAAGUUGACAAUAUUUCAUCAGCUGACAGGAUGGGACUUCAACGCUUUCACAAUAAAAGUGUUUAUUUAGUCCAGUGGCCUAGCUUGUGAAAACAACAACAAAACAUGUCAGUCUUAUGUUGAAGAGAAAAAUGUCUUUCUGAUUUAUUUAUGUGAUUUAAGGAAAAGGAAAAAGUGUAAAUAAGUCUAAGAUCGGAGGAAAUGCAAUUGGUUUUAAUUUAUUUCAACGAGUAUGUAAAUAUUGCUUUCAUAUGACACUCACCUUCUCAGCCCUGGACAGGAAGUCCCUAAAGUCUCAACAUGUCACAAACACACCUCUUCCUCUUCAUAGUCAUGUUUAUGUUCAUAUUCAUGUUUAUAUUCAUGUUUAUAUUCAUAGUCAUGUUUAUAUUCAUGUACUUGUUUAUAUUCAUGUUCAUGUUUAUAUUCAUGUUCAUGUUUAUAUUCAUGUACUUGUUUAUAUUCAUGUCCAUGUUUAUAUUCAUGUUCAUGUUUAUAUUCAUGUUCUUGUUCAUGUUCAUGUUUAUAUUCAUGUUCAUGUUUAUAUUCAUUUUUAUGUUCAUGUUCAUGUUUAUAUUCAUGUUUAUAUACAUGUUCAUGUUCAUGUUUAUAUUCAUGUUUAUAUACAUGUUCAUGUUUAUAUUCAUGUUUGUAUUCAUGUUCUUGUUCAUGUUUACAUUCAUGUUCUCUUUCAUGUUUAUAUUCAUGCUCUUGUUCAUGUUUAUAUUCAUGUUCUUGUUCAUGUUUAUAUUCAUGUUUAUAUUCAUGUUCUUGUUCAUGUUUAUAUUCAUGUUCUUGUUCAUGUUCAUAUUCAUGUUUAUAUUCAUGUUCAUGUUUAUAUUCAUGUUCAUGUACUUGUUUAUAUUCAUGUUCAUGUUUAUAUUCAUGUUUAUAUUCAUGUUCGUGUUUAUGUUCAUGUUCUUGUUUGUGUUUAUAUUCAUGUUCUAGUUCAUGUUCAUGUUUAUAUUCAUGUUCGUGUUUAUAUUCAUGUUUAUGUUCUUGUUCGUGUUUAUAUUCAUGUUCUUGUUCAUGUUUAUAUUCAUGUUCAUGUACUUGUUUAUAUUCAUGUUCAUUUUUAUAUUCAUGUUCGUGUUUAUAUUCAUGUUUAUAUUCAUGUUCUUGUUCAUGUUCAUGUUUAUAUUCAUGUUCAUGUUUAUAUUCAUGUUUAUGUUCAUGUUUAUAUUCAUGUUCUUGUUCAUGUUUAUACUCAUGUUCUUGUUCAUGUUCAUGUUUAUAUUCAUGUUUAUGUUCAUGUUUAUAUUCAUAUUCAUGUUUAUAUUCAUGUUCAGAAGAAUGAGUCCUUCCUGAAUCCAAAAAUCCUCUUAAAUAAUAUAUGAAGAAUGAUGAUAUGUAUAUGUACAUGUAUAUGUAUAUGUACAUGUAUAUGUAUAUGUACAUGUAUGUGUAUAUGUAUAUGUAUAUGUACAUGUAUAUGUAUAUGUACAUGUAUAUGUACAUGUAUAUGUAUAUGUACAUGUAUAUGUACAUGUACAUGUAUAUGUAUAUGUACAUGUAUAUGUAUAUGUAUAUGUAUAUGUAUGUGUACAUGUAUAUGUACAUGUAUGUAGUGGUGGUACUACUAUGAGGUGUGCAUUGUCCAUGGACUUUAGGGAGCUCCUGUAGUGAAAAGAUAUUGUGAUGGGACAUGAUGUGUGUGUGCCAUAUUUCAUAUUCCAUAUUCCAUACGCUGAGAGGGGAAACUGCACAUACUGUAAAUAUUUACAUUUUUACUUCACCCUGAUCAAAGCAUUCUUUAUGAAUGGAUAUAUUUAAACAUGAAAUAUUCCUCUUUAUCCUGGUUGUCCAUUUCAUCCGUCUCACUAUUUGCAAUAAAACGUCUCGUGUUGAAAA